GGAGAAAUGCGAAGACUCCGCGGAAGCGGCGGAAAGUACAUCCUGUCGGAAGAGGGAAAUCGGAGCGUCCGUAGCAGACGAUACGAUUUAUUCAUGACGAAAGAAAGAGGAGGUGAAUCACCACGAUUGCACGAAGAAUUCAUCCGAUCGGGAGUCUCCCUCGGUUGAUCUCCGCCGGUCAUCCUCGAUCGAAUUCGCGGAAAUCCGGUUCAUCGCGAGUCAUUAGCGGGGGGCGACAGUCUGUCCGCAGUGCCACGGCAUUGCGUACUCGUCGGGGAUUGUCACGUUGACUUUCCGAACCCCUACCUUUCGCCGCCCUACCGCGGAUGCUCGGAACGGGUGUUCGGACAGCGCGAACGCUGGGAAUAUGGUGAAACGGCCGCGUUCUCGCUCUCUCGCCCGUUAUUUAUAGAGCAAGUAAUGUCAAGGAACAUCGAAUGAGUUUACAUGGUGCUGGAGGGCAACAUGAACCUGUAUCGCACAAUUGGCUGACUGGAGUCUAUCCUACCUCGGGUUAACGCAUCGUUGACUUUGCGCACAAAUGCCAGGAUGUUAAGCGGCGCUGCCAAUAUGGAACUGAACAAUGUUGGAAGCAACAAAAGUUCCGUAUAUCUCGCGCUGUCAUUCCGAAAACUGUGCCUGGCAACAGUCGGGCUGCCACUUUUAUCGCUGUUGUUCUGUUUCAUCACAGCAUACAUAUUUCAACAGGAUGAUAUUCAUGAAACUCACUGUAGGGUUUACAAUAUUCUUCCAUCGAUCUCAGCCAUUACUGGUGUGUCGCCACAAAGAUAUUUAUGGCGUGUCAGCAUAGCAUUACAUAUUGGUCCUAGACUGGUUAUUGCCAGUGUUUAUCACUCAUAUUAUUACGAGAUACUUAAGAACAUUGAAGAUGUGCCUCUAAAAAUUAUGGGGAGCAGGCUCCUAAACCUAUGCUACUGGCUAAAUAUUGCUGAAGUAGCAGCUUUGUGUGGUGUAACAUACAUUUCUAACAGAGAAAAUUACUCGGUGCACGAAAAAAUUUUCAUAGUGUUUAUGAUUAGUUCGCUCACGUACAUGUUGACCGCUGUAAGAUUGGGUCGUCUAAUAACUCCAAAUGCACAAAGUCUUCAGUACAAACAGGCGCUCUUUAUGACGAGUCUUGUCAGUACAAUUGGUCUUAUCAUCUUCUUCUUGAAACAUCGACUGCUUUGUCACGACUUAGCAUUUAGUUGGUUUUCGCUAUGUGAGUACGUGAUAGCUUUUGCAAAUAUGGGCUUUCACAUCACUGUGGUUUUGGACUUUCCAAAAGAGCAACUGGUCGUAGGUCACGGUUUACCUGCUGUGAAAAUAGAUUAACCUUUUAGGAUAAUUCGUCAAUCUCAUCGUCACGUUGAAGUGCCUAUUGCCUCUGCAUGGAAGUGCUACGAAUCGUGGUUUUCGAGAGGUAAAAAUUUGGCACAUAACAUGAUACACGAUAUCAUGAUUGUCUCAGUUUUAUGAUAUUUACGAUUAUAUUGUGUUCCGCUCUUGAGAUUAAUCUAAUUUGUCCCUCGUGAUAUUUAUGAGCUAUCGAUACCAUUUUUAUCUUUACUUUUAUAUUAACUAUGACAUUCGACCAAUAAUCUCGAGUGUAAAAGUAAAAUAUGCGAAAAAAGGAUAUCCGAAAAAAAAAAAAUGAAAAUGGAAUAUCUAGCGCUUCCAAAGUGUGGCACUGGUUACUUUCAAAACGAUGAAAUAUGUAACGGCCUUUUAAUAUCGUUUAGUAAUAGAGUAUCAUAAUAAAUCAUAGUUGAAAAAAGUAUCCUACAUACAAACAGCAUUUAACGUUAGAUCGAAUGUUAUUACUCGCAACGUAUGAGAUUACUUGUGAAGACUUUUGAAUCUUCUUUUAUAGAGACUUUUGCAAGGUGAGAACUCUAGUCGAGUGUAUUAAUUCUAGUCGCGAGCUUUUAUUCGCUUUAUAUGAUUCUCCUAUUUUAUCUGAUAAGUUGAAAUUAGACUAUAAGAAAUCUAUAUUUACGUUUCAACGGACUUCGAAAUAUUAUAAUCGUGAGUUCAUCAAAUGAACGUAUAUUCAACUUUGAAUUAUUGCAAAGAUAUUGUACGGUUGUGUCUUGUUGGCAAACUUUACAAUGAAAAUCGUAAUGAAUAUCGUUAAUUCUCAUUCACCUUGUAAGAGAUUAAUUCAUCUUGUAUAGAUUUUGAAAGAUAAUAAAAUCAGCUAAUAUUCACGCGCCGCUCAAUUCGGCAUUACUAAUUGCAAACGUUACGUAAUUGCAAACGUAGGAUAAUCGCUCCUAUGUUUGUAUGUAGUAUACGAUAGUUUAAUAAUAUAGCAAUUACUGAGACACUGACGAUUAAAGCAGUCGCAUUCGUGUUACACAUGGAUGUGGUUACACGAGGAUUGCAUUUGGACCAGCGUGCGUUCAAGGUAAGAUCAAUAUCUAAAUAUCUCAUGUGAGUUUAUAAGACAAAUGUUAAAAGAGUUUCUAUCAAAUUUUAUGACUGAAACCCCCAUUCAUCUCUUGUUUAAAGUAUAUAGAUAACAUGUGCACGAUUUUUGGAGAACAUUGUAUAAAAUUUUUUCUCUUAAAUCGUUCUUAGUUAAAGGUGAUAUUUUGAUUUAUUAUAAACUGCUUUAUUAUAAACUUAAAUAAUUUUUGAUGUGAUGUUUAUUUUGAAAUGUGAAUUAAUGAAGAUAGAUUUUGAAUAGGAAUUUCAAUAGGUCCGGAGAUAAGAUUUACAAAAAAAACACAUUUUAUUUAAAGUAUUUAUUUGAAAUUAUUAGAAAUUGUGCGAUGAAAUUUUUAUAAAGUAUCUUCCGAAAAUCUUGGGUAUGUUUUCCUGUUGAGAAAGUUCCACGAUUAAAAGAUCGAGACGAAGUUGCGUGCGUGCGAGAAUAGACUGGCAGGGAAAUCGAAACUGCAAUAUCCCAAGAUUGCGUGGAACAGCCCUCGCUAUUACACCAAUAAACAAAAUGUUUUAAUGUUUAUUGUAAAACAAGCAGAUGAUUAUCGCAAUGUGUCUCUUAGGAUUUUGUUGUAGAAGGCUGAUAGUGUCAGUGUGACUCUAGAUAGCACUCGCAGUUAAACGAUAUCAUUUUUGCACAUUUUUACACACGAACAUUGUAAUUGUAGCAUAUUUUGAUAUGAUGAUUUUUUUGUUAAGAUUUCUCGUACUCCAUUGUUGGGGAAAAAAAAAAGAAAGAAAAAGGAGAGAAGAAGUGAAUAGUCGAUAUUUAACGCUAGUUUCCCCGCAAGUACAUUUAUUAUAAAUAGUCACGCGGAGAGAGAGGUAAUAGUUUUAGAUAAUUCUCGUUAGAUAAUUCUCGAUAUAAUUAUCACGAAUAAGUAGCGCUUUCGUUUCCUCUGCACAUGCUGCGAACGCGGUCACUCGAGCGUAACGUCUCGACGUCUCCUAUUAUAAUUGGAAUCUCAUUUUUGUACAUUAUCACGA